AUGAUAUCAUUAAUUUGUCUCGUAAGAAUUUUACAAGAAGGUAAACUGUUGAAGAAAGAUUUUGAUUCGCAAAGGAUAGGGAAUUAUCUGAAAAAGUGUGAACCAAAUUGGGAUCAAUUAGGACGAUGUGCUCUUCGCCUGUAUACAGCAUCGUCUUUUCUUUGUGAUUCAGUUAACACAACUUUAAGAAAUAAGGACAUGAGUAAAGUUGAUACAUUGGGUCCAUUGUGCUACUUGUUAUCAGAACGUUUAUUCUCAGGUGGCUAUUGUCCAAAUCAGAUACUUUAUCGUGGUGCAACUCUUACAAGUGGCAUGAUUGAAGACUAUAAGCAAGCAAUUGGAAAAGAAAUCACUUGUUUAUCGUUCACAUCCAUCAUAAAAGAUCGAUGUGUCGCAUAA